GAGGAGACACCACCAAGGCCCAGGAUGUUAACCUGGGGAAUUCGAAAGUGGGAGAAAAAUUGUCCUAAAAGAGGAAAUGGUGAGCUUACUGUGUCCAGGAAUGAGAUGUCUCUGAAAGAAGCCUUUAUCUUAGGAUCACCAAAUAUACCAUGCAUUGUAACUGUGUGAAGAGGGUCCGCAGUAACAAGUUUUUUUGUAUGCAACUCUAAAUUCUACUCUGGAGAAAAACUGAAACUGAUAUUUUCUUCUCCGGGAACUGAAGGAGUUGGCCUGGGAGCAUCAGAAUCUGCUGGCGUUGCAAUUAGACACGAUGGAUGAAAAAAGAUGCUGAAGAGAUCAGAUACUCUUUGGGAGCUUUGCCCUGGGGGACUGAAGUGCGAAAGGAACACAAAAAAUGAAAAUGCUUCCCGGUGUCGGGGUAUUUGGGACUGGGAGCUCAGCCCGUGUGCUGGUUCCUUUGCUGAGAGCAGAAGGCUUCUCCAUUGAGGCUCUUUGGGGCAAAACGGAAGAGGAAGCCAAACAACUAGCUGAGGAAAUGAACAUUUCCUUCUACACGAGUCGAACAGAUGAUGUUUUGCUGCACCAGGAUGUCGAUCUGGUUUGCAUCAACAUUCCCCCACCGCUCACGCGACAAAUUGCUGUGAAGGCUCUAGGAAUUGGAAAGAAUGUAAUCUGCGAGAAAGCUGCUACCUCUCUCGAUGCUUUCAAGAUGGUCACGGCUGCCAGGUAUUACCCCAAACUCAUGAGCCUCGUGGGCAACGCUCUGCGCUUCCUGCCAGCUUUUGUCAGGAUGAAACAGUUAAUCGACGAACACUAUGUCGGCAACAUCCUGGUCUGUGACGUGCGUGUGUAUUGGGGAAGCCUCCUUAGCCAGAAGUACAACUGGAUUUGCGAUGAGCUGAUGGGCGGGGGCGGCCUGCACACGAUGGGGACGUACAUCAUAGACCUGCUCACCCAUCUCACAAGCCAAAAGGCUGAGAAGGUCCACGGGCUGCUGAAAACUUUUGUCAAGCAGAACUCGGCCAUCAGCGGCAUCCGCCACGUCACCAGCGACGACUUCUGUUUCUUCCAGAUGCUGAUGGCGGGAGGCAUCUGCAGCACGGUGACUCUGAACUUCAACAUGCCUGGGUCCUUUGUUCACGAGGUCAUGAUUGUCGGGUCAGCUGGCCGUCUUAUUGCUCGUGGGAUGGACUUAUACGGCCAGAAGAACACAGCUCCCCAGGAAGAGCUGUUACUGAAGGACACCCUGAAGAUCCACGCAGAGCUUUCCGAAAAAGAAUUCAAAGACAUCCCUCUCCCGUACCUCAAAGGGAUGGUCUACCUGGUGCAAGCGCUCCGUCUUUCCUUCCAGGAUCAGGAAGACCAGCGGACCUGGGAUCCCAAGCCGGUGGCAAUGGCAGCUUCCUUUGAAGAUGGUCUCUAUAUGCAAAGCGUCGUGGAUGCUAUUAAAAGAUCCAGCAGGUCUGGGGAAUGGGAAACGGUGGAGGAGAUGAUCGAAGAGCCUGAUGCCAACCAGAACCUCUGUGAGGCGCUUCAGAGAAAUAACUUAUAAUGCAGGUAUUCCUGCAAAAGAGGAACAAUUGGAAACGGAAGUGGGUGGGUAGGUGGGUGGAAUGGAAGCAGGAAAAAAGAGGAAGGGUGUGUGUGUGUGUGUGUGUGUGUGUGUGUGUGUGUGUAAAGGGGGAGCCUUUGGUUUUUAAUCUGGGAGAAUUUUAAAUGUUGCAGGCGUACGUGUCUUUGGUUACUUAAGUUUAAUAACUUGUGUAUUGUUAGGAAAACUUGAAUUGCCAGUUGCACUCAGCAGGUAAGAGCACUGUCCCCCAAAACAAGACUUUUGAGGAGGCAAACCUCUUCUGUGCCCGGCUCUUGUAUUAAUGCAAGUGGAACAUAAUUGGCAUGUAGUGGUAGAGAGCGAGGCUGAUCGUUGUUUUUAAAAUAGGAAUCUGAAGUUAUUUUUUUACAGCCUCUUUGAGGGGGAAAGGGCUUCCGCAAAGGAAUACAGUGAGGCACAUCUGGUCCUUAAGAGGAUCAGAAGGGACAGAUGCAGGGAUCUCUUUGUAGAUAACACAAGACUUUGCUACAAUUCAGGGAUAAACUGGUAAAGAUCAUGUUCAUUACUUGGGUGUUUUGAACUCUUACGUGAAGCCCAUCAUGUAAGCCCCACUGAAAGACUGAAGCAUGGAUCUGAGACAGUUGCAUUGAAUGAGUUAGAUGCUAAUUGGUUAGAAGAUGCUCCAGAUUCCUUCCACCAUUCCUCAGUCUGUGUCUUGGAAGUAGAAAUGGAAAAAGAUGAUUGGAGCCCAAAGCAAAAGCAAGUGAAAUGGGGGUAUAUAUAUAUGAGGAUGGGGGUGGAGACAGAGAGGAUUUGGAAUUAAAUUCCUAUAUUCCUUCCCUUAAAAAAAGAAUGCGCGCACACACACACACACACACACACAAAUCUUGCUUUUUGCAUGAACAGGUUGAAUUUGGAAGUGACUAUCUAAUUUGCACCAUCUUCUUCAGUGUGUUUGCUUUGUUUUAUUUGCCAGAGCACCAGAUGGAAUGCAGUUGCUGUUUGUGCGUAUCGGCGCACUUGUUAAUAGGAGGGUUGUACAAGACUCUGCUUUUUCUUUCCAAUAUUCUUUUCUGUCUUUUUCCAUGCUAGCCAAUCUCACCGAUGUUGAUUACUUGGCAGUGCAAAAACCAUGUCCCAUGCCCAGCUUUGAUGGUGAGAAAUUUUUGGCUGUUUAAUGAAGCGAACAAUAAAAGAGAGGGAAGCUGACUUGAAAAUAUACCCCAGUUACUCUUGACUGUAAUCUAACCUGGUAGGGCUUGGCAUUUGUUGGAGACAAUCCAAGAUAAACAGCAGCUUAGUGAAUUGAAGCAAAUUCUGGUCAACUUUGCCUUUCUCCCGUUUUAAUCCUGCAAGAUCCGUGGAGGAGAUUUUAUUGCCAGAACUCAAAAGAAAAACAACCAACUUUUAACUUUUUAAUGAAACAUUUGUUUACUUGAAUGUUAUUUUAUUUUUCUUACGUUGUUUUCCUACUGGGUUUUAAUCCUGUAAGUUAAGAUAAAGCAUUAACAAGCA